AUUUAUUUCUGCAAAUUCCUGCAAUGACCUAUAAAAGGCGGUAGAGAUAGAAGAGUAGCGAAGGGGAAGGAGACGCACGAAGUGACGCAUCGUUGUUCUCUUCUGCUUCUUCUUCUUCAAGAAUUAGGGUUUGAGUUAGCAAGUGGGAAAUAUCAUGGUGAAUAAGAAUACCUUCCGCAACAUCGUCAGAAUGACAGAUUCUGCAAAACACAGUGUUGCAGACUCAGAAGAUGAUGAGAGUGAUCAUUUUUCUGACAUUGAUGAUGCUGAGGUAAAUAGAUGCCUACAUACUGAGAAAGAGAAGGACCUUAAAAAGAUUAUAUGGGAAGCAAUGAACAGAGAGUACCUUGAGGAACAAGCAGCAAAGGAAGCUGUUGUUGCAGAUGCCAAGGAGGCAUAUGAAGCUAAGUGCACAAAUAUUUCAGAAGAUUUGUUAGCUGCAAAGGAGCUUGCGAAUGCAACUGCUGCAGCUCUAGCAAAAUCCAGAAAGGAAAAGAAACAAAGGCGUGCAAAAGAAGCUAAAAAUAGGACUCCUCUUUCAGCAGCAGGUCAAAUGCUUAAGAGAAAGACUUUCAGCUCAGAAGUCAUCAGCUCAAAAGUCAACUACGAAGCAUUGGAAGCUCUCUUCAAUUCUGGACAGGACAACGCAAAGAAGAGAAAAGUUGAAUCAGAUGCUGGUGAUCCUUGUGAUCCCCCCAGCAAGACUGAUCAUUAUGCAGAUGAUCUAGAUGUCGAGGAUGGUGAUGAGCAAAGAGCAUCUGAAGAUAACAAUUAUGAUGCAAGUUACGAUGAUUACAGGGGAGAUGAAGAUAAAGGCUAUGACUAUGGAGAUGAAGACUAUGGCUAUGAGGAUGAUUUUGAUUUUGCAUGAUGGAAGCCUAGGAAUCAUUAUUUUUGCACUGUGAAAAUUACAAUCAAUGAACAAAAUCAUUGAUUUUGACUUCAAUUUUUUAAAAAAUAGUUUAUAAAUAGGUUGAAGGGAGUUUUGACAGUAAAGUUGUUGUGUAGUCAUGCAUGUGCUUAAAUUAUAGAAACAAUCUCUUAUAAUGCA